AUGCAGCUGCCAGACAGACAACGUGGGAAUUAACCAACACCACUCUGAAAACAAGCCCUGCUCCUUCUCUCUCUCUCGUCCUCUCAAUACAAAUAUUCUCUCUCUGUAUUUUCUGCUUCUUCCUCUGUUUAUCUCAACUGGGUUCUUCUUCUUCUUCCCUGUGAACCUCGCGCCACAGCUAUGGAUUACCGGGGGGAUUUCGUAUUAUAUGCAGUUAAUGUGUCAUUCUGUGUGGCGUUACUGAUUUGGGUUUUGGCCGACGUAACGAAACGCCGGCGCCGGAGAGAGGAGGGGGAUAGAGUGGUAGUACCAAAAGUUAGUGUGUGUUCAGUAAUGGUGGUUGUCUGUAAUUUUUUAAUCUGUGUAUUGCAUGUGGGUUUCGCCAUUUUUGGAUAUUGGAAGCUUAGAAUUGUUACUUUUAAAUCUGGAAUCUCAGUUGUGACAUGGGUUUUAGUUACUUCCAUUACUGUUUAUUCAAACAACAAUACAUCACACAGAAAAUGGCCUCUGCUUCUUCUUCUCUGGUGGUUAUUUUCUUGGAUUCUUCAAUCCAUUUCUGUCUUCUUCGUUUUGAGAAAUAUACAGACGUCUAACAUUGUUGAUUUGGUUUCCUUGCCUUUAUUGACACUGCUCUGUAUCAAUGCUAUUGCUACUAGUUUUUCUAGUGAAGAACAAUCUGAUCUCCUGAAACAACCUUUCCUUGAAAAUUACGAGGAAGAAAAUUCUGUGGAUGAUGAUUUUAGCGAAGCUGGAAUUUGGAGUAAGCUUACAUUUUCUUGGCUUAAUCCUCUUUUUACAAAGGGUCGGAUUCAGAAGCUGGAACUACCUCAUAUUCCUUCACUUCCUUACACUGAAACUGCAAAGUAUGCUUCCUCAUUGUUGGAAGAUUCGCUUAGGAAGAAGAAGAUGGGAGCAGGUUCUUCAUUGCCAACUGCAAUAAUCUAUGCUCUGUGGAAACCUUUGGCCAUUAAUGCACUCUUUGCAGGAAUCAAUACAUUUGCAUCCUAUACAGGUCCCUUUCUGAUUGCCAACUUUGUGAAUUUUUUAUCCAAAAAGGGUGAUCAUUCUAGCUACCUUCAUGGUCUGAUUCUAGCUUUCAUCUUCUUACUAGCAAAGACAGUGGAGUCACUAACUCAGAGACAAUGGUACUUUGGGGCACAAAGAAUAGGUAUACGUGUGAGAGCUGCUUUCACUGUGCUGAUAUACAAAAAGUCUCUCUCAAUCAAGUUUGCUGGUCCAAGCAAUGGAAAAAUCAUCAAUCUGAUCAAUGUGGAUGCCGAGAGAAUUGGUGACUUCUGCUCCUACAUUCAUGGAAUUUGGUUGCUACCAGUCCAGGUGAUCUUAGCCCUGCUAAUCCUUUACAGGAAUCUAGGUGCAGCUCCAUCUCUUGCUGCUCUGUUUUCCACAGUUUUGGUUAUGGUUAGUAACACACCAUUGGCCAAUAUGCAAGAAACACUCCACUCAAAAAUUAUGGAAGCUAAGGACUCGAGAAUAAAAGCAACUGCAGAGAUGUUGAGAUGCAUGAGAGUUCUCAAGCUUUAUUCCUGGGAAUCAACAUUCUUGGACAAGCUUCUCCAGCUAAGAGAAAUUGAAAGAAACUGGCUGAGAAAGUACUUGUAUUCAUGCUCAGCAGUUGCAUUUCUCUUUUGGGCGUCACCCACUCUGGUAUCUGUCAUCACUUUUGGUGUCUGUGUUUUCUUGAACACACCUCUAACAUCUGGCACAGUUCUCUCAGCUCUUGCAACAUUCCGAAUUCUGCAAGAGCCUAUCUAUAACCUCCCAGAGCUUAUUUCCAUGAUUGCUCAAACAAAAGUCUCGAUUGAUCGAAUCCAAGACUAUGUUGGAGAAGAUGAUCAAAGAAAGUUGACACCUUCUCAUAUCUCAAAAACAUCUGAUGUUGCUGUUGACAUUGAGGCAGGAGAAUACGCUUGGGAUAUGAGUGAUGAAAACUUGAAGAGACCUACCCUCAAAAUAAUGCAGAGGAUGAAAAUAAUGAAAAGUCAGAAGGUUGCCGUUUGUGGGUCAGUUGGUUCAGGCAAGUCAAGUCUGUUGUGUAGUAUGCUUGGUGAGAUCCCGAGGAUUUCUGGUGCAGGAAUUAAGGUUUAUGGAAGAAAGGCUUAUGUUCCACAGAGUGCUUGGAUUCAAACAGGCACUAUUAGAGAGAACAUAUUGUUUGGGAAAGAGAUGAAUAAGGCUUUCUAUGAAGAGGUUCUGGAAGGAUGUGCCUUGAAUAAGGAUAUUGAGACGUGGAUUGAUGGAGAUUUGAGUUUGUUGGGAGAGAUGGGAAUGAACUUAAGUGGAGGACAAAAACAAAGAAUUCAACUAGCAAGAGCAGUUUAUAGUGAUUCAGAUGUAGUUAUUUUAGAUGACCCUUUCAGCGCAGUUGAUGCACACACUGGAACUCAUCUAUUCAAGAAAUGUCUUCUGGAGCUCUUGUCUAAUAAGACUGUCAUUUAUGCUACACAUCAGCUGGAAUUUCUAAAUGCUGCAGACAUUGUUCUUGUGAUGAAAGAUGGACUAAUUGUUCAAUCUGGAAAAUAUGAAGAUUUAAUUUGCGAUACAGGAGGUGAACUUGUUAGACAAAUGAAUGCCCAAAGGAAGUCGUUAGACCAAGUGAAUCCACCCCAAGAAGAUAAUUCUCAGAGAGGUAGGCCUUGUCGGAUAAGCCACACAGAAGUCACAGAAGAAAGAUGUGAUGAGCCCGAGAUGAAUGACAAAUUCAUGGAAAGAUGUCUGGAAGAAAAAACGGAAACUGGUAGAGUGAAAUGGAGUGUUUACUCAACUUUCAUAACUUCUGCCUACAAAGGUGCUUUUGUUCCAAUUGUUCUUUUGUGCCAAGUACUCUUCCAAGCACUACAGAUGGGUAGCAAUUAUUGGAUUGCUUGGGCAACAGAGGAGAAACACAGAGUCAGCGAAAGGAAGUUGAUAGGGAUAUUCAUUUUGCUAUCUGGUGGGAGUUCCUUCUUCAUUCUAGGAAGGGCUGUUUUGCUAGCAACCAUUGCAGUAGAGACUGCUCAAUGUCUUUUCCUUGGCAUAAUUAAAUCAGUUUUUCGAGCACCCAUUUCGUUCUUUGACUCCACACCUUCAAGCCGAAUCCUCAGUAGGUCUUCCACUGAUCAAAGCACAGUAGAUACGGACAUUCCCUACAGAUUAGCUGGACUAGCAUUUGCUCUAAUUCAGCUAUUCAGCAUAAUCAUCCUUAUCUCCCAAGUAGCUUGGCCGGUCUUUCUGCUCUUUCUUGCCAUUAUUGGAAUUUCCAUGUGGUAUCAGGCUUAUUAUAUUAGCACAGCUAGAGAACUAGCCAGGAUGGUUGGAAUCCGGAAGGCUCCAAUCCUACAUCACUCUUCAGAAUCCAUCAUGGGAGCAGCAACAAUUCGUUGCUUUAGUCAAGAAAAUCGCUUCCUGAUGAAAAAUCUAGGCCUAGUUGAUGACUACUCUCGCAUAGCCUUCCACAACUCUGGAACAAUGGAAUGGCUCUGUGUUCGUAUCAACUUCCUCUUCAACCUUGUCUUUUUCCUUGUUCUAGUCAUCCUAGUGACCUUGCCAAGGUCAGCCAUUGACCCUAGCUUGGCAGGUCUGGCAGCCACCUAUGGUUUGAACCUAAAUGUUCUUCAGGCAUGGGUGAUAUGGAAUAUGUGCAAUGUGGAGAACAAAAUGAUAUCAGUGGAGAGAAUCCUCCAAUUCACAGACAUACCCAGUGAAGCUCCUCUUGUGAUUGAACAUUGUAGACCAAAGCCUAAAUGGCCAAUAAAUGGAGAAAUUGAAUUUGAAGACCUCCAUGUCCAGUAUACUCCUGCUCUGCCCAUGGUUCUCAAAGGAAUCACAUGCACCUUUCCAGGAGAGAAGAAAAUUGGAGUGGUGGGAAGAACAGGAAGUGGAAAGUCUACUUUAAUUCAAGCUCUCUUUAGGAUUGUAGAGCCCUCAAGAGGGCGGAUUCUUAUCGAUGGAUUAGAUAUAUCUACAAUAGGCUUGCAGGAUUUAAGGACUAGGUUGGGUAUAAUUCCACAAGAUCCAACACUGUUUCAAGGAACCAUGAGGACCAAUCUGGACCCUUUACAGGAACAUUCGGAUCAAGAAAUCUGGGAGGUUCUCAGAAAAUGUCACCUAGUGGAUAUAGUAAGGCAAGAUAAGAGGCUCCUAGAUGCACCAGUAGCAGAAGACGGAAAAAACUGGAGUGUGGGGCAAAGGCAACUUGUUUGCUUAGCUAGAGUGCUUCUGAAGAAGAGAAGAAUUUUGAUAUUGGAUGAGGCCACUGCUUCUAUUGAUACAGCAACAGAUAAUUUGAUUCAGGAGACAAUAAGAGAAGAAACAAGUCGAUGCACAGUCAUAACUAUUGCACAUCGCAUACCCACUGUUAUUGACAAUGAUUUAGUCCUGGUUCUCGAUGAAGGGAAAGUUGUAGAGUAUGAGUCUCCAAGGAAAUUGCUAGAAGAUAAUUGUUCAUCUUUCUCAAAGUUAGUGGCAGAAUUUUUGAGGAGAUCAUCAACCAAGAGUAACCAUCACAGGAAUCUGCUUUGAGACAUGACUUAGCUCCACUAUAACUCAGUUAGUGGUAGAAUUGCAAGGAUGAUUUUAACAGAUCUGCUUGUAUUUACAAACAAAACCAUUGAUUAUGACAAAAGCCUCAACCCAAUAUUUUCUGACUUCCAAGGGCACCAUAUAUACUCAGAUUCCUUAGGUUAAGGCUGAUUACUAACUGUAAUUUUCUACAGGCGUUCGAAUUAGAAAAUCCAAAUCAAUAUAACCUUGGAGUUGUACAUUGAACUAACAUGUCCUGUUUAUCAAUGA